UCCCGCCAGUCAUUCGCCCCGUACCGCGGUUCCGGCGCCGCCGGGUCUGGGUUCCGGGUUCGUUGCCCCGGUUUCCGGACCCGGCUGGUCUUCUGGGCCGCCCAGCCGCGCACAGCACCCGUCCGGUGCCGGGACUCGCGGGCCUCAGCCCCGCAGGCCCCGCCGCUCCCCGCCCGGGCUCGUCUCCGGUCCCGGCCCGCUCGCCCCCUGACCCGACCCGACCCACUGGGUUCCGCGCCGCCCCAUGGAGUCUCAGUGCGACUACUCGAUGUACUUCCCGGCAGUGCCGCUGCCGCCGCGUGCGGAGCUGGCGGGGGACCCGGGCCGGUACCGGGCACUGCCCCGGCGCAACCAUCUGUACUUGGGGGAGACGGUCCGCUUUCUGCUAGUGCUGCGCUGCCGGGGCAGCGCGGGCUCCGGCGCCGGGGGCGGCCCGGGCUUGGGCUCCCGAGGGGCCUGGGCAGAGCUGGCGACCGCCUUGGCCGCCCUGGCCUCUGUCAGCGCUGGAGGCGGGCUGCCAGGGGGCGGUGGCGCGGGCGACCAGGACCCCGAGCCCCCAGGCGGAGGGGAUCCAGGGGGCGGGGGCUUGUUCCGCGGCUGCAGCCCUCUGCUCACCCACGGCCCUGGCUCUGCUACCUCAGGGGGAGCGACCACGCUGCCUGUGGAGGAACCAAUCGUGUCCACAGAUGAGGUCAUCUUCCCACUCACUGUUUCACUGGACAGACUGCCCCCAGGGACACCCAAGGCCAAGAUUGUAGUGACCGUGUGGAAGCGGGAGGUUGAGGCACCAGAGGUCAGAGAUCAAGGCUAUCUGCGCUUGCUGCAGACCCGAUCUCCUGGGGAAACCUUCCGGGGCGAGCAGAGCGCCUUCAAGGCCCAAGUGAGUACCCUGCUGACGCUGCUGCCUCCUCCCGUUCUGAAAUGCCGGCAGUUCACUGUGGCUGGAAAACACUUGACCGUUCUCAAGGUGCUGAACAGCUCCUCCCAGGAGGAGAUCUCCAUCUGGGAUAUCAGAAUCCUCCCCAACUUCAAUGCCAGUUAUCUACCUGUCAUGCCCGAUGGUUCUGUGCUGCUGGUGGACAAUGUCUGCCACCAGUCUGGCGAAGUCUCCAUGGGCUCAUUCUGCCGGCUUCCUGGUGCCUCUGGCUGCUUCCCCUGCCCACUUAAUGCCCUGGAGGAACACAACUUCUUGUUUCAGCUGAGAGGGGGUGAGCAGCCCCCACCAGGGGCCAAGGAGGGCCUCGAAGUUCCCCUGAUUGCUGUGGUUCAGUGGUCUACCCCGAAACUGCCCUUCACCCAGAGCAUCUACACCCACUACCGCCUUCCCAGUGUCCGUCUGGACCGUCCCUGCUUUGUGAUGACUGCUUCUUGUAAGUCCCCUGUUCAGACCUAUGAGCGGUUCACUGUCACCUACACGCUGCUCAACAAUCUCCAAGACUUUCUUGCUGUGAGGCUUGUGUGGACCCCGGAGCAUGCACAGGCUGGAAAGCAGCUGUGUGAGGAGGAGCGCCGGGCCAUGCAGGCAGCCUUGGACUCCAUCGUCUGCCACACACCCCUCAACAACCUUGGCUUUUCACGGAAGGGCAGUGCACUUACCUUCAGUGUGGCCUUCCAGGCUCUGAGGUCGGGGCUCUUUGAGCUGAGCCAGCACAUGAAGCUGAAGCUGCAGUUCACUGCCAGUGUGUCCCACCCUCCACCUGAGGCCCGACCCCUCUCUCGCAAGAGCAGCCCCAGCAGCCCUGCUGUCCGGGACCUGGUGGAGAGGCACCAGGCCAGCCUGGGCCGCUCUCAGUCCUUCUCCCACCAACAGCCUUCCCGAAGUCACCUCAUGAGGUCGGGCAGCGUGAUGGAGCGCAGGGCCAUCACGCCCCCGGUGGCCUCCCCUGUCGGCCGCCCCCUCUACUUGCCUCCGGACAAGGCUGUGCUGUCUCUGGACAAGAUUGCCAAGCGCGAGUGCAAAGUACUGGUGGUGGAGCCUGUCAAGUAGCACCGAGCUGCUCUGCUUCCCAUUCGCUCUAGGAACCCAAAGCCCCUGGUGGGCUUCUUCCUCCCAGGCUGUGCCUCCCCUGGGACACCUCCUGCUGUGGGUGAAGAGGCCCAGCAGGGCCGCCUGUCUGUGUCUGCUGAUGAGGGACAAGGGCAGAAGCUGUGAAAUAGAUGGCAUGGCUGCAUCACUAGGCCAACAGUAUUUCUGAGUUCCUCUGGGGGGGCUGGCCCCACCCCAGGCAGAGCAAGGGCUCCAAGAGCUCCCUUGCCCCGACCCUUAUCCUUUGUAAGUUUACAGAGUAUUUUCCUCAUUCCUGUUAUGUUCUGUCUGCCUCCGACAUUCCCUCCCUCCCACCGGCCCUCAGUGCUGAGAUUAGAGGGUGGUGAUGGUAAAGGGACCUCAACAAUGAUCCUCCUGUCUCGGGCUGGGAGAUAGCUAGGUGGCCUCCUUCUGCCCCUCAUGUUUACGUUGGUGGCCUGAAGCACUUUAAGUUGUGUCUCUGCGGUGGGGUGGGGGGGCUCUCUGUUCCUGUAACUUAUUCAACUACAGCUUCCAACUGAAUUAAGACUAUUAAAUGCUUGUUCAGGAGGGA